GUGUGGGGUGUGUGUGUUUGUGUGUGUAUCCUUCCAUCCAUCUAUCCAUCUAUCCAUCCGUCAGCACAGUCUUAAACCUGAAUUAUAGCAGAAGGGGGGAAAAUGGACGGCGUGGGGUCUUUCGGCGCUGGAAGAGCAGGGUCUGAAUUCGACCCUUUUUCUUUUAUCCAACAGCCGCAGACCAUUCUGAGGAUACUAGCAUGGAUUUUCUCAAUUGUGGUGUUUGGCUCCAUAAUAAAUGAAGGCUAUGUCAACCAUGGAAGUGAACGGCUCUACUGUAUUUUCAAUAAGAACAAUGAUGCCUGCAAUUAUGGUGUCACAAUUGGGCUCAUAGCCUUUUUGGCUUGCAUCUUCUUUCUGGUCCUUGACAUUAAGUUCCAGCAAAUCAGCAGCGUUAAAGACAGGAAAAAGGCAGUCAUGUUGGAGAUUGGGUUCUCAGGUUUCUGGACAUUCAUGUGGUUUGUUAGCUUCUGCUUCUUGGCUAACCAGUGGCAGCGCACCACUCCAGAUGAACUGCCUUUGAACCAAGGAGCCGAUGCAGCCAGAGCUGCCAUCGCCUUUUCCUUCUUUUCCAUCUUCACCUGGGCUGGUCUGACUGUAAGGGCAGUGCAGAAAUUCUUGCUGGGAACAGACAUGGCUCUCUUCAGAACGGACCAUCUGGAUGGCAACCAACCCGUUCAGCCAUACCCUGUUGGCCCUGCCACAGAGACCACUGACACGUACCAGAGUCCGCCUUUCACUGAGAACCUGGACUCUAAUGCUCCAACUUACCAGGUGCCAAUUUAUUAGAGGUGAAAAUCACGAUACAUGUGCAAUUAAAAUGAUUAAAGCUAAUAUGAAUGCAGGGGGAGGCUCGGGUCUUUCAACUGAAGUGGUGUGACAGUGUUCAUAGGUAGUGCUGUGCUGUGACCUGUACAAGUUUGUUAUUGUGAUUUGUUUUAUUUGGGUCUAUAAUAAACACAGUUAAUGUGGUUACAUUGGGCAGAACAUUUCAGUAAAUAACAGACAUCCCCUUUAGGUGUGAUAGAAUCCAUAUUGUGGUUCUUAUAGGGCACCAAAACAAGCAAAGGUUCGAAUAAACAUAGAAGAGAUAAGUGAGAGAGGAUCUUUUGUGGAUUUUCUGCUGUUUAACAUA